AUGGUGUUGGCAUCCGGGCUGACAGUCUCUUCUGGGGUACCCCUUCAAUGCAGCCGUUUCGAGAACGCGUCCGAGCGGCUGCCCGAUAGCUGGAUGGCACGAGGGUAUAGCCGUCAGCAGCAGGGCGGCUGCGCAGUGAGGCGCGGGCCGCUGACCGGAGCAGGAGGUGCAAUGGCGCGGGCUGGGUGCGCGCUAAUGGCCGUUAUUUUGAUUUGCGCGGCCGGCUCGAGCGGUGCGGCCGAGCUGUCGCGCACGGGAGAGUUCGAUGUCAGGCCUGGUGGCCUGGUGCACUCGCACAGCGAGACACUGGGUGAACAUGUAUGCACAUUCACAUAUGCAUCUCAAGGAGGGACCAAUGAGCGAUGGCAUAUGAGUGUAGGCAUCAGUGAGGACAACAAGCUAUUCUCUUGCUCCGUCUGGCGACCUCAGGGAAAGUCCUACCUGUUCUUUACCCAAUUUAAAGCUGAAGUUACCAAUGCUAAAAUUGAAUUUGCAAAUGGUUUUUCUCAAGCAGCAGUAGAAGGUCGCAAUGAUGUUCCCCUGAAAGAAAGUGAAUAUAUAGUUGGUGAAAAUACUGUGACCCACAAAGAUGGAUCAUUCAGAUCAGAGUUGUCUAAACUUCUAAUCGUCGCUCGCACGCGCCAUGAUGAACUGUGAUUCGGAUGACUGACUUUGUAAUGGUUGAAAGAAUUAAAAAUGUUUGGAAUAAUUCCAUUCUGAGCUGUGUGGGUCAACUAAUGGGAAUAUUUUGACAUCCCUCAAUAUCCUUCUUUUUCAGCCUCCUUUUCCUAAUGGAGCAGCAAGAUAGUUUAGACCCGUGAACUAAGGAGUUUCAUGCAACUUAGUUGACAUCAUAGGUGAGCUUUUGGGCAGGGGCUAGACUGACAUUCUUGCUGCCUCUCUGCACCCUCUUGACCCAAAAAGCUUAAAACUAGAGGUCUUGGUUAACAAGAUACCUCAUGGUAUCUUACCUAGAAAGAAGGAUGAGAGUGUCAAUGGAUGAUUACUUGAGCCCUGGGAAAUACCAGUAUUCUGGUGAUUUAGCCAACUAAUCCAAACUGUUAAAGUUACCACAUACUCAUACGUCUGAUACAGGAUUUAAUCAAAUUUGUAAAUUAUUCAUUUAAUAAGUAUGUGCUUCUUUCCAGCACAGAGACCUUUUUUUAAAUUAGUUGUGAUGUAUUUGAUCAGUCAACAUACACUCGGUACUCUCUGACCCAAAUGCAGAACUACUUCCCUUUGAAACGCCAAAUGAAAAUGAAACUUAUCUCUAAAAGUCAGACUAAACAUAGACUUACAUAUGAUGUCAUGCAAAAAUGCUUGUACGUAAAAGUUUUCAACAAAUUGUUUUGUUAAGUGUUAUAGAGCUCGUCUCCAUAGUUCCUUAGAAUAUGCUGUGAUGUGAACAAAUUUUCAUGCUCUAUUGGAUUUCCUCUGUAAUCAAAGAUAGUGAACAGAGAUUGUAAUUUUGGGACCAAUUAUGCCUUUAUGUACUGCGAUUAAUUGCAAGUACUGUGAUACUCAUGUGAUGCACCAUCUACAGAUUUUAAUUCUACUUCGCUCAUGAUCCAUUGUUUUUCUUUUAUAUGCCAGAGUUCAGUUAUAAAGGGAAAUAAAUUACUGAUGUCAA